UUAACCAUGACCCAGCGGAUUGGUACAUCAAGGUGAGAGAGAAGGACCUUAAAGAUGAAGGGCGACCCAAAGGAACACCAGUGUACUCAGUAGCCUGGGGACCUGAUUCUGAAAAAGUUCUCUAUACUUCAGGGAAGCAUCUGAUUAUUAAACCUCUUCAGCCAAAUGCUAAAGUUUUGCAGUGGAAAGCCCAUGAUGGACUUAUUUUAAAAACUGACUGGAACUCGGUUAAUGAUCUUAUUCUUUCUGCAGGUGAAGAUUGCAAAUACAAGGUUUGGGACAGUUAUGGACGUCUACUGUAUAGCUCACAGCCCCAUGAAUAUCCUAUAACAUCUGUUGCCUGGGCUGUGGAUGGAGAAUUAUUUGCUGUGGGGUCUUUUCAUACUUUGCGUCUAUGCGAUAAAACUGGGUGGUCUUAUGCUUUAGAGAAGCCAAACACUGGCAGCAUAUUUAAUAUUGCUUGGUCUAUUGAUGGCACUCAACUAGCUGGAGCAUGUGGAAACGGACAUGUCAUUUUUGCCCAUGUCGUGGAGCAACGCUGGGAGUGGAAGAACUUUGAAAUAACGUUAAUUAAGAGGAGAACCAUGGAGGUGCACAAUGUUAUUAAUGAUGCGGUAGAUUUGUUGGAAUUCCGUGACAGGGUUAUUAAGGCCUCUUUGAACUACGGGCAUUUGGUUGUUUCAACUUCUCUUCAGUGUUAUGUGUUUUCUACAAAGAACUGGAAUACACCACUGAUCUUUGACCUGAAGGAAGGAACAGUUAGUUUGAUUCUACAAGCGGAAAGGCAUUUUCUUCUUGUAGAUGGUGGAGGACUUUAUUUAUAUUCCUAUGAAGGAAGAUUAAUUUCCUCUCCAAAAUUUCCAGGAAUGAGAACAGACGUUUUAAAUGCCCAGACAGUAUCUCUGAGUAAUGAUACUCUAGCAGUAAAAGACAAAGCUGAUGAAAAGGUUAUCUACAUAUUUGAAGCUUUAUCUGGAAAGCCAUUGGGUGAUGGAAAGCCUCUAACCCAUAAGACGGAAAUUGUGGAGAUUGCUUUGGACCAGAAAGGACUUACAAGUGAAAGAAAAAUAGCUUUUAUUGAUAAGAACAGAGAUCUUUACAUUACUUCAGUUAAACGGUUUGGAAAAGAACAGAAGAUUGUCAAAAUAGGGACAAUGGUUCAAACUUUGGCUUGGAAUGACACAUCUAACAUUCUUUGUGGGAUUCAAGAUACCCGUCUUACAGUCUGGUACUACCCCAACACAGUCUAUGUAGAUAAAGAUCUUUUGCCAAAAACUCUGUAUGAAAAAGACGCAAG